UCCACAUUCUUUCCUUCUUACCUAAUACUUUGGAAUAAAGAGAACUUAGCCAGAAGUUCUCUCAUUUUAACAGCUUUUCUCUAUCCCAUUCCCACAUGGCUAGUAGUGAAACCAUGUCAAAUUCUACUGAUUGGAUGCAUUUCUAUCAACAUAACUUAUCCGGCCAACCUCAAAACACCCCAAGUUUUAAUGGAAGUGUGUCUGAGAAUGUAAUGGCGGCCACUGCCACCGCCCCAGCCACCGUCGGUGGUGCCACGGCUGCUGCGCAAAGCAAUUUGAGUCCAAGUUACUAUAACUUGGACGUGGAGGGUGGUCGUGCUUCAAGACCUCUCAGAAGGCGAACAAGGGCCUCGAGGCGAACCCCGAUUACGCUUCUUAACACUGAUACUAGCAAUUUUAGAGCCAUGGUGCAGCAGUUCACUGGGGGUCCGAGUUCUUCAUUUGCAUCUCGGCCUGAGUAUACCAAUGGUAUAAACUUUGGUUUUGGACAUGGAACUCAACAAACUAUGAACCCAUCAGCAGCCAUGCCUCAGAGUGGAUUUCAAGUGCAAUUCCAAAGACAACAACUACAAUAUCCAAAUCAUCAACAAGAAAGUUUCACUUCCCUGAACAAUAACAUUCAGGGUAAUGCUGCUGCUUUUCUGCACAAAUUCAGGCCUAACAUGGGGGUGGAGGCGUCUGGUGGCUUUGUCAAAAAUGGAGGCUCAGACCACAUGCCACCGUCCGAGGGCGGCAGCUUCCACCAAUGAAAAAAGGGAUCUGCAUAACAGCUGCAAGGAGUUUGAUAAUGACAUGAAGGAAAGAGUUUCAUUUGGUGCUGACUUUUGCUAUUUGUUUCUUAGUUUUUCUUCCUUUGUUAUGUAUCCGUUCACAUUUGUAUAGUGGUUUCUUUGGCAUUUUAUUUGCACCUUCAUAUCUCACUAUUAAAAACUGCAAAUUUUUGGUCCUUGGUACUUAACUUUCCAUCGCAAAGAGAAGUGGGUAAAAUCAAGGUCGAUUUGGUUAUUUUUAUAUUUGCACUUUAAUGGUUUAGUUCAAUUAGAUCCUUUGCAAGAUUAUGUUUUUUUUU